AUGUCUGCUCCAAGGUCACGAGAUGACAAUGCUGCGAGCCCAAAUUCCAGACCGACACACUUUAGCCUUGGCGCUCGCGUCGGCGUAUCCUACGAUCCGGGCAGCGGCUUUUCACCGCCAACGCAGGAUCAGCCGUUUUACGGUCGUCGAGCAGCAAGCGACUCUUCUCGCAACCCAGCUACUGUUGCCAUGACUCCGGGGCGGCACGUCUCCGCUCGACCAGCAGAAGCUCGCGUGCUCGAGCAUGUUCGAGCUCCUGAAGCAAAUUAUUCGUCCGAGCAACGCGUGUCCCCUCAGCAGAUCGUCCCUUCGCAGCCCGCUCGUGGUCCGCGGGAUCAUGGCGCCAAAGUCGCUCAACUUGCAGCAGAGCCGACGCGCCAUGUCACUCCAGACUCUCAGCCUUCUGAGAUCUCGAAAGACAGUGCUUCAAGAGCUUCCCAGCGCCUGACGUUGGAUGAGCACGAACCUGGAUCGAUUGGCGCUGCGCGGGCUCAAACGCCACCGCCCGACAUUACCGAGUCAUAUGAAAGAACAGUCAUAUCGAUAUCGAGUGAGUCAGAAGACGAGCUGUUGAGCUCUUCCGACGGCGACAGCGACAACGACAGCAGCAGCGACAGGCCUCUUCACCAGGGCCGCGCCCCUCAAGCCGAUGGGUCUGGAAAAGCUCCUUGCGGUGUCAUGCCCCUGGAUACUUCGAGCGAGCUUAGACAUGCUCCUGAGCGACAAGAGUCGAGCCUGCAGGCAGAGCGCCCAGCUUCCACACCUGAGCCCGGAGAUCCACUCCCGAUCACAGCCAAGUCACCUCAAAGCCCCGAUUCUGGGCCACUGAUCAUAGAUCACAGGUAUCAACGCGAUGUGGACUGGGACAAGAAGUGCGAUCGCUGUCGGGACGAAGGCUUUCGCUGUUACACUGCGCAAAACUCAACGACUUUGGCGAAAUCGUGCUUUCUCUGCAAAGAAGGCCACAAAAUUUGCGCGAUCGAGGGCAUGCGCACCUACAAAGGCCGCUCUGCAGACGCAGAUACGUCCUACAAGACACCGAAACAAGGCGGCACCACAAAACGUCUGUCAAAGCAAAUGCAGAAGAAGCGUACCUCUACUCGUCUUGCGGAAAAGAAGCCGGAUGCUUCCUCCUCGCGUGCCGCCCUUCGUGCGUCUCCAGAACCACCCACGACUCGUUCAUCGAAGCGGUUGAAACGCGAAAUAAGAGGUCGCACCAGGAGACACGCCUUGUCACCCACAGCCCGAACAGCAUCGGAAGAGGAUUCAGAUGCCAACGACGCACAGCCCAAGGCGAGGAAACGGCGACCGAAUGGCACAUUUCGUCCCCUUUCAGGAAGCGACGAAGAGCUUAACCGGUGCUUGAGCCUCAUCUCGAUGCACGAGAACGAGAAGUAG